CGGCCAAAAUAGAAAUGCUACGGAAUGAUAGCGCUGCGGCACGGCGAGCUGCUCCUGGGACGUUGCUGAGACGUUCCGCAUCCGCGCCCGGUGGAAAUGGUCUCAUUGAUUAGAGUGGAACCUAUCUGCUGCGGUGACCGCGGCCAAGAUGUGCCGCAGCCGUAACGUUGCCGUAACGCGUCCGGUGGAAUCAGGCCUUAACACACAGGACACAACUCAUCACAAACUAAAAUGAUCCGACAAGGAACAAAGGAAAGACAAGGGCUUAAAUACAAAACACACACAGGGCACGCAACGAGUAACAGCUGAAACACAUUAGGGGAGGGAGCAGUAAUCACACAGGAGGGAAACCUGACAUGUGGAGAAACAAGACCGAUACCAAAGUAAAACAGGUAACACACCAAAACAAGACAAGGAAACCGACAGACCAUGACAUGAUCGCAAGCAGAGGACCUUGAGAGUUAUUGAGCAGCAGCUGAACCAGUCUAAAAAUCGGACACGUUAACGGAGCACUGAACUAGGCCCUCUCGGAUGCCAUUUGUUUCACUACGACUCCUUUCAGCUGCACAACUCUCUUCUCCAGCAAAAAAGAAUAGGGGAUUAUCAUGCUGAUACGUAUUACUUCCGCUUUUGGUGAUCAUUGUGCACUGUGACAUCCGGUGAAUAACUCAUCACUCUGGCGAAACGAUGAUGGAGGACCGGCAAUUCACUUUCACUACAUCCCUGAUAAAUCUACCCAAAAUCACGUUUUCUGACGUUCACAGACUCACUGAACAACAUUCCAUUACAGCCCGCUCCAAACUGGACAAGGGAUACAGUUUAUUUUUCGAGAAAUAUAUCUACGACUACGAAGGUGAGUGUCUAGCUUACGCUAGGUAGGUUGGCAUGUUAACGUCAGUUUGGCGUCAGCUCAGACAUUUCAUUUUAUUAUUCUGAUGUUAGCGUUUGUCAGUGUCAACUACCUAACGGCAACAUACAAGUGUCCCUUUGCUAGAAUGAACAAUCCACAGUACAUGCAUUAAUCAUGUUUUUUUCUACCAGUGUCCAACAUCAUUGAUAGGGAUGGCUGUCAGGUCUAGGUGUUACAGGUCGAUGAAGAAGCGAGAACAGCCCCACUAUUUGAAGAUUGUUUUCCAAGCUGACGGCGCCAAUCUUCAAGAAACCACAUGCAGCUGUACAGCAGGCAAGGUUCUUUGCAACCAUCUAGUGGCCUUGUUGUUCCAGAGUGCCCAUUACAGCAUGUUGCAGGUGAGAGCUGUACCACCUCCUAUGGCCUGCACAAGCUCUCUGCAAACAUGGCAUCGACCAAGGACUAAGGGGAUCCAUGCAGAGCCGGUUCCAGACUUGGUGGUUAGGAGACCAAAGCCAUCCCCCAGGAGUGUAUGCAAAUCAACACUCUAUCAAGCAUACACAGGAUCCCUCCCUGACCUGCAAGUCUUGUCUCUUGGGGAAACACUGAAAAAUAUCAGGCCGCAACCACUGAUAUCCUCAGUGCUACAUGGCUUGUCUGAAGUCUCCAUGGUCGACUCCAGCUUCGGACCUGUGCCGCGGGGUUCACCCCUGUCCUACCAGUGUCCUCCUGUGGUCAAACUCAGAAAUGAUGUUCAACAUCCAGAUGCACCAUCAUUCCCUAAACUGCCUUUAGAGGGGUCAACGUGUCCCACUACUUUUCCAAAAUGUGCCUCAAACUCCCAACAGUUUCUCCAUUUGGACAGCUUAACUGUGACACAUGAGAUGGCAGCUGAGAGAGAGGAGCAGACACGUGAGCAGUCUGAGUGCCCAUUAUGGCAAGCUUUACGCAAGCCUAGAGUGACAGCUAGUAGGUUCUAUGAGGUUAGCCAUGUGAAAGGACCGUCUUCUGGUCAGACCCUGGCAGGGCGGAUACUUAAGGGUGUACGCCAAACACCCGCAAUGAAAAGGGGCCUUGAUCGCGAGCCGCAGGUGCUGGAACAAUAUUCAAAACAUUGCAAUGUAAAUGUCUCGCGCUGUGGAUUUGUCAUCCAUCCCGAUGCUCCUCACCUCGGGGCUAGCCCUGAUGCGAGAGUAUAUGACCCAAGUGCCGUUCCGUGUUUUGGGCUGGCUGAAGUUAAAUGCCCAGACAUCUCUAACAUUUCUGAGGCAGGACAUGUUAAAAUCGUGAAUGGUCAGGCAAAACUGAAAAAGAAUCAUAAAUACCACUGGCAGGUUCAAGGUCAAUUGGCAAUAACUGGAUUGAGUUGGUGCGAUUUUAUAACCGACACUGAGGAAGACUUCACAGUCGAAAGAGUCUGGAGGGAUGAUGAAUUUAUAAAGGAGAUGAAAAAUAAGGUAGACCUGUACUUCUUUGGUACAUAUAUGAAUGUGUAUUUUCAGCAGAAAGUGAAAUGAACUGAAAGAAUAAAAGGAUUUAAUUCAUUCCCUUUCUCUGAGUACAUAAUUUACUACAUUACAUAUUAACAUUUUGAAUACUUUCUGGAUAGACUGACUGGACUUUAAAAUUGAUUAUAGAUGCAAGACUUCUCAUUCAAUUAUAUACAGAAUUACAGCUCCGGGAAAAAUGAAGGGACCACUCCAAAUGUUCAGUGUCUCUCGUUUUAAUAUUUAUUAUGUUUGAGUAAACACUAUUCUACAGGGAUGUAGCCUUUUAAAUCAAGGGGUCCCUGGAAGUUGGUCAACACACAGCAGACGGUCCACAGCUGGUUGACUGUCCCAGACAAGGUGAGAGGGACAGUGCAAUCCCAGAUGCGGUACUCCUUGACUCGGCGUAUUGCUCUUUCCACAAGGAUUCGA